AUGCCAUUAAUCGAUCUGGGAAGCGACUCUUCUAGCGACUCUUCCAGCGGAUCCUCCAGCCAAAGUAACAGUGGAUCACGACAACAAGAGCAGUGGGAGGCGGCUGUGAGGGGAGCCUCGCUGCCCGACAGUUUAGCCUGUGUAACGUCUCGGUGCGCCGUUAUCCGCGGCAUCCGCUGUUAUUAUGAGUUUGCUACGAGCAAUGCUGUCGAGGAGGCUUGCACUAUCUACUCUAAUGUCUACCCCGAGCUUGCGCGCGCACGCAAUGCCCGCCUAAUUAUGAGUAACCAAAUUCCUGAACCCCACCAACUAGAGGAUCCCAACCAUGUACCCUACUGCAUCUGGUAUCCAGACUUUGCACAGGAAGAGACUUACCGCGAAGUGGCUCGUCGGUAUCCAAAUCUACGCUACCAGGUGGGCAGAGCAUGUGCCGCUGCUGGCUAUAUUAGCCUUUAUCAGGAGCUGGACCUUCUUCCCGACGUGUCCAUCGCGGAAGAGUCUCGGGAAAGUAGUGCAGACGGGGCCCGACAGAUCUUUAAUAUUAUUAUGGCGUCUCCAACCCGGUAUGCAGUGAUGGAUGACCUGCACCGCUCUGUGUGCCCACAUACAAAGACCCCGGCGUUUUUAAAUGGCGACACGGCUGUCCACUGGAUGUUGGAGGCGCGAUCUUACCCAAGCCAUGCGCUUCCUCUCUAUCCAGAUAUUGAGGAGGACCGUGGUAUAGGCGAGGAGAAAGUGGAACUACCACAUUGGCGUUAUCAGUAUACAUACGAGGAAGCUAAAUUGCUUUUUACCCCGCUGCCUCCCGACCUCCCAACCUUUAAGAAGGAUCUGUUAAUCCAGAUGGCGGCCUACGAGGGUAAUUUCGACCGAUAUUCCCGGCUAAUGCGCCCAGGCUAUAUGACAAUAGAGGAAUUACACUGCGUGGUCCGUGGGAUUUUUCACAACACCAUGUUUGCGCGCUGGUGGGCUGACCAGCUUAAAGUAAAUCCGGAUCGCAUCAGGACUCGUGCGGGUACCUCUGAUACAAUCUGGAUGAUUAACCACGCUAUACUGCCCGUCGCGUGA